AUGAAUUCUACAUCAAGAAUGGAUUCUGAUGCACUGCUUGAAAACGAUAGUUCAUCUCUGCGGCAUGAAUUCCUUGUUGUUGUGAUGACCAUCACCGCAAUUGUCAUUUUGGUUGGAAACGGUCUCGCCAUUUGGGCUGUCUACAAAAACCCUGUUUUGCAAACUCCCAAAAACUACAUUCUCGCAAGCCUUGCAGUUACUGACCUUUUCUCCGGCUUGAUAUCCAUCCCACUGGAGCUGUACAACCGUCAUGAAGAAACCACAUGCUCUUUCCUGCUCACCUCUGCCUUGUCCUUACUAUCCUACAUGUUUGGACUCAUCGCUGCCCUGCACUACAUCGCCGCGACGACCGACCGUUAUGUUGCAGUCACCAGACCCCUUCGGUACGCCGUACUGAUAACGACUCAAAGAGUUGCCAUGUUCGUCGGGCUUUCCUGGGUGGCAAGCGUCAUCAUCAUCGGAAUAGCGUUUGGGAUCUUCAGUUCCGUGUCGGCCGAAACACCAUCUAUACGCUGCAGCGGAGUGCACUACACUGAUCCGGUGCAACAGGGGAUUCUGUACUUUGUCGCCGUUGCUAUAACUUUGUUUUGUAUCACUCUGUUGAUCUUAAACCUGAAGAUCCUCCAGAUUGCCAUACACCAGUCACGCAGAAUCGCUGACGUCCAGAUGCUGUUCGGACCACGGGAUGGCACGCCAGGCAAAGUGAAGGCGGUGAAGACCACCCUGGUCAUCGUGGGUGUCUUCUGUAUCUGUUGGUUACCUACGAUCCUCUCGCACAUCCUCGCUGUCACUGCAGACCUGCCAAAAACGGUUUACAUCACCAUUUUGGACGGAUCUUUCGUCAUGAUAUCCUUUUCGUCCGCGAUUACUCCGUACGUUUACUGUUUCCGAGACAGGCCUUUCCGCCGUGCCUUUCUAGAAGGAGCUGAACCUUUCAUCAAGAUUUUCCAGAGGAAGUCCGAAUAA